GGUCACUGGUGUCUCUCAGAAGCGGGCGCGCGCUUUGUCUUGUCUGCCGGGGCCGGCCGGUGCCAGCCUUUCGGUCGGGGGGUUUGGCGCCCCGCAAUGCGGGCGAAGCCUUCGGAUGAGGGUGUUCGGUGGAUGAUGGCCAGCACCAGGGCCCCGGCGCCCGGCACCAGAGGAAACCUUCGGGGGUUUUUUCACCGAGUGAGACUUUGACGAAAAGGCCGCCACUUCAGUGAUGGUUUUAACCUGCCCUCAGUCUAUAGGAGCCGGGCGCUAGGCGCCUUGGCGCAUACGGCUAGCUCUGGUUGGGGUGAACGGGCAAAGUAGCUUACGCGGGCGCAUCCUUAUGCGGACGCGGCGCACCUUGGCCCUGCCGUGCCCGCGGCGGAGACCGCGGAUCAGAAUACCGGGAAAGAAAUCAGCGAGCUGGUGGCUGCGUCUGCAGCGCCGGGCCACGAGGUGGACGACUGGCGCCGUGCAGUUUGCGCUUUUCCUGCUUCCGCUACUCCUGCCAUUCCUUUCGUUGCGUUGCUUCUGACUGCGUGGCUAAUGGCCGCGACCAAGGCCCUCGCCGCCCGCGGCCUCCCGGGGCGCGUGCAGCGGUUCGCCGCCGCCUUCCCCACAAUUCCCAACCUGCCCACUGGACCACUGCAGAGGCGACGCGCUGCAAACCACGACAGACGUGCCGCGAC